AGGUUUUGGCGGGACAGAAGGCGAAGGCAAACUGUCGGUCAAUAUUGCAGUUUUUUCACAAGUUAGCGUUCUCUUAAGCGCUCAGUUGACAGAUAAUUGUGCGAAUACACAAAGGGGGCGAUGGAGAACAGCCAGAAAACUUAUGAUGAUUUAUUCACCCCUCCGCCAAAGGGACUGGCACAAAAACGCCUGCGAAUGCAACAAAGCCAGCAAUUCCUGGAGCCCGAGAGCGAGGAGCAAGACCCAGGGUUGCCAGCGGCCUUCCAGCGAUCGCCGAAGGAGAAUGGCGACGUUGGCGGCGCUGCUGACGCCAAGGACGACUCGAAGGAUGACCCCGCCACCGCUGCUGGCACUGCCGCUGACCCCCCGCGCCCUCCCAGCGGCUCCGGAGGGCGGCCGCGCGUCGCCUUCCCCGAGAGAUAUGCCGCUGUGGUGAAGCAAGUGCACGAGGGUCUGGACGCCACCUUCCAAGAGCAGUACGAUAACCUGUGUCAGCUGCAGCAGGAGGAGGAUGCCGUGAUGGAGCGCAUGCAGAAGCUGCGGGCGGAGGCUCGUGCGGCCAACUCCGGCAUUGAACAGCAGGUUUCUCGCAUUGUGGGGAGGAUGAAAACUGCCCUUGAUCGCAUACAGCGGAGCAUGGUAUGAAAUGCGAGCUGUGUUAUUGUGAGAAAUUGAUAUUUAAGUUAGUGAGGUUUUGCUUAUUUUUGUAUCAUCCAUUUUGAAAGGCUAGAGAAUUUGCAAGUGCUUUAACCGCCCAGAAAUAUUAGUGCUUAGUAACUAGCGUGUGAUGUAUUAGGUCUAUAAAUAUCAGAAUAAGUUUUCUUUGAAUGUAUUCACGAAUCGCAUGUCCUUGAUUUACCGUAAUAUGCGACUCGGUUCAUUGUAUUGCAUUUUCCCAUCUGAUCUGUAUGGCAAAUUUAUGUUUCAUUUUUCGUGAAUACCAUCUUUGGUACAAAUAAAGUUUUGAAAUUCA